AUGCACUUUACCAAGUACGCCUCGUUCCUCGGGGCCCUGGCCGGCUUCGCCCAGGCAUCGCCGGCAGCCUUCAACGUGAUCAACACCCCAGCCAACACAGAUGUUGCAGCUUCAGCGGCCAUGGACGGCGACUUGCAGGCUCGUACAGUGUUCUGGCCCUCAAAGUUCCGCCUUAAGAACAGCUGGGAUAACGUUGUCCUCUUCAGCGGCAACGCUGGCCACAACACCACCAUCGACCUGGGCCUUCACAAGGCCGCCAUCUCUGGCGAUAUUGAGCUGAAGAUGACCGACAAGCUGACCAAGCAGCCCACCCUGAAGGUCAAGCUUGGUGGUCUCAAGGCCUACUUCCAGAUCGACCUGGCCGCUUCCGACUCAACCUUCGAGACGGUCGAGCUCGUCAACUCUGGCCGCAUGAAGAUCGACAUACCCGGAUUCAGCGGCGAGGCCGGCACGGCUUUUGCUCUUGAUCUCAUCGUCGGUGUUUCCGCCCCUGCCGCGGUCCGCGGAGGAUUCUACUUCCGCUUUCCGAAGGACUCCUUCGUCGAGAUCGCGAUCCACAGCAAGGAGAUCGUCCGCCAGAAGCUUGAUGGCCUCGUCGCUCAGCCGCUCGACAUGGUCCUCGGCGCUUCAGUCAACCCCAGCUCGUCUGUUGAGGUGACCAUGGGCCUGCGCAUGCGUUCUGCAAUUGGUAUGAGCGCCAAGGUUGAUCUGUUCCACCUCGACAGCGCCUCCGACAUCAUCCUCUGGCUGGAUCUCUUUUCUUACACCACUACAAUUGGCAGCAACAAGAUCUGCUAUGCCUUCCUUGAGGAGUCUUUCGCCAUGGGCUACGGUCUCGCUGUUAAGGCGUCCGAGGGUGUCGCCAAGGCCUUGAAGCUCGAGGUUGCCCCCAUGGUAUUUUUCACCAUCUCCAGGGCUGAGCUUUUGGGUUUCUGUCUGAUGAAAGUCGGUCCCAUUCCUGGUGGUCUUCCCAUUGGCCCUGGCUCCGCAAACGGCACGUCUGGCGCUGGCAACGGUACUGCCCCUGGCCGCCUCCCCAUCGGCCCUGGCUCCGGAAAUGGAACCGCUGGUGCUGGUAACAGCACCGCCCCUGGCUCAGGUUCCAGCUCUGGCUCAGGCUCCGGUAACAGCACCGCCCCUGGCUCAGGCUCCAGCUCUGGCUCCGGCUCCGGUAACAGCACCGCCCCUGGCUCCGGCUCUGGCUCUGGCUCUGGCUCUGGCUUCAGCAACGGUACCCUCACCACCUCCGCUGCCGCCGGCCCGAUCACCCCUGCUCCUUCUGGAUACACCACCUCGACCAUCACCGAGACCAAGACCUACACCAUCACCUCGUGCGCUGCCAAGGUCAAGAACUGCCCGGCGUCUCUCACCCAACAGAUCGUCACCUCCACCGUGAUCGAGACGACCACAGUCUGCCCCGUCGGCGAGACCAUCACCCUGGCCACCACCGCCACCUCGACCACCGACUGCGAGGUGCCCGAGCCCACCAACGUCACCCAGGUCACCACCGUCACGCUGACCACCUGCCCCGUCGAGACCUCCUCCUACACCGAGCCCAAGGGCGUCAAGACCCCCGAGGCCCCCGUCGUCACCAUCACCGAGAAGCCCCACUGUAACUCGGGCUGCCAUCCCACCAAGCCCAUCGGCACCGGCAGCGGCUACCCUCCCCACACCGCCGGCCAGUCGGUCCCCUACCCGACCCAGCCCGCCAACACACAGCCUGCCGGCGGCGUCCCGACCGGCCUCUUGCCCCCCAAGCCCACCAGCACUCCCGCAACCACUACGGCCCCGCCGGUCAAGGCUGGCGCCGCCAAGGUUGCCGGUGGCUUUGCCGCCGUAGUGCUGCCCAUCAUUGUCAUGAUCUUGUAG